AUGUCAACUGCGACGAGCGGGGCCGUGGCGACGUCGACGCGGCCGCGUGUCCUUGUGGCUGCGUCCGGCAGCGUCGCGACGAUCAAGGUGCCGGAACUGGUCGUGAAGCUUGCAGAAUAUGCAGAGGUGCAAGUGGUGCUGACCAAGUCGGCCGACUUUUUUCUCCCCAAGGCCGCUGCGUACAACCCAACGAUGUUUGCGGCGUUCGAAGCACUUGGCGUCACGAUCCACCGCGACGAAGAUGAGUGGAACGCGUGGAACGUCAUUGGUGACCCCAUUCUUCACAUCCAAUUGCGGGACUGGGCGGAUGUGUGUGUUGUCGCGCCACUCUCGGCCAACUCAAUGGCGAAGCUCGCGAACGGCCUCUGCGACAACCUCUUGUCGUGCGUCGUGCGGGCGUGGUCGCAGUCCAAGCCGCUACUUGUGGCGCCGGCCAUGAACACACAAAUGUGGACACACCCAUGCACCGCCAAACACGUCCAGAUUCUCCAAGACGACUUUGGCUAUCGUGUGAUCCCGCCCGUGAGCAAGAUGCUGGCGUGCGGCGAGACAGGCAAUGGCGCGCUCGCGGCAAUCGAUGACAUUGUAACCCAUGUGCGUCGCACGAUCUAG